UUGGUGAAUUACUGACGAACUGGGGCCCUUUUGUAACAGGUCUGUCCUGAAAGUCCUGUAUAAAAACCAGGGCCACGAGUGAGACCCUCAUCGACAGGAUCAAUCAGCAAUCAUGAGGUGUCUGGUCUUCCUUGUGCUCCUCGGAGCUGCUUUCGCAGAAGACGAUAAGAUCGUCGGAGGCUAUGAGUGCAAGCCCUACUCUCAGCCCCAUCAGGUCUCUCUGAACUCUGGCUACCACUUCUGCGGUGGUUCCCUGAUCAACGAGAACUGGGUUGUGUCUGCUGCUCACUGCUACAAGUCCCGCGUUGAGGUCCGCAUGGGCGAGCACAACAUCAGAGUGACCGAGGGUAAGGAGCAGUUCAUCUCCUCCGCCCGCGUCAUCCGUCACCCCAACUACAGCUCCUACAACAUCAACAACGACAUCAUGAUGAUCAAGCUGAGCAAGCCCGCCACCCUGAACGAGUGGGUGCAGCCCGUGGCCCUGCCCUCCAGCUGUGCUCCCGCUGGCACCAUGUGCACCGUCUCCGGAUGGGGCAACACCAUGAGCUCCACUGCUGACAAGAACAAGCUUCAGUGCCUGCAGAUCCCCAUCCUGUCUGAGCGCGACUGUGACAACUCCUACCCCGGCCAGAUCACCGACGCCAUGUUCUGCGCUGGAUACCUGGAGGGUGGCAAGGACUCUUGCCAGGGUGACUCUGGUGGCCCCGUGGUCUGCAACGGUGAGCUGCAGGGUGUUGUGUCCUGGGGAUACGGCUGUGCUGAGGCCGGCCACCCUGGAGUCUACGCCAAGGUCUGCCUGUUCAACGACUGGAUCGAGAGGACCAUGGCCAGCUAUUAAGCUCGCUGAUCUGGAUACCAUCACAGUCAUAGACAGGAUCUAAUGUCUUUGUGCAGUUUACCAACAUCUUACUGCAGUAUGACGAACUUGUGAAAUGUUGGUAGUUUUUUGUGCAGUCAAGGUCCUCAUAUUUGAAUCCAACAUCAGUCUACCUCACUUCUUUUGAAUACUUUAAAUCCAGCCAUUAUCCAUUAAACAUAAACGCCAGUGUUUGCGCAA